GCGAGGUUUCCGGUGUUGUGACUGAAACCCGUCAAUAUGGCGGCGAUCGGCCGCGGCCGCUCUCUGAAGAACCUCCGAAUACGAGGGCGGAAUGACAGCGGCGAGGAGAACGUCCCGCUGGAUCUGACCCGAGAACCUUCUGAUAACUUGAGGGAGAUUCUCCAAAAUGUGGCCAAAUUACAAGGAGUAUCAAAUAUGAGAAAGCUGGGCCAUCUGAAUAACUUCACAAAGCUGCUUUGUGAUAUUGGCCAUAGUGAAGAAAAGCUGGGCUUUAAUUAUGAAGACAUCAUAAUUUGUUUACGCUUAGCUUUAUUAAAUGAGGCGAAAGAAGUGAGAGCAGCAGGGUUGCGAGCGCUGCGCUAUCUCAUCCAAGAUUCCAGUAUUCUGCAGAAGGUGCUAAAACUGAAGGUGGAUUAUUUAAUAGCUAGGUGCAUUGACAUUCAGCAGAGCAAUGAGGUGGAGAGGACACAAGCCCUUCGCUUAGUCAGAAAGAUGAUUACUGUGAAUGCUUCCUUGUUUCCGAGUUCUGUGGCCAACUCAUUAAUUGCAGUUGGAAAUGAUGGCCUUCAGGAGCGAGACAGAAUGGUCCGGGCAUGCAUUGCUAUUAUCUGUGAACUAGCACUUCAGAACCCAGAGGUGGUAGCCCUUCGAGGCGGACUAAACACCAUACUGAAAAAUGUGAUUGAUUGCCAAUUAAGUCGAAUAAAUGAGGCUCUCAUUACAACAAUUUUGCACCUUCUUAAUCAUCCAAAGACCCGGCAGUAUGUGCGAGCUGAUGUAGAAUUAGAGCGAAUUUUAGCACCCUACACUGAUUUCCACUACAGACACAGUCCAGACACAGCUGAAGGACAGCUCAAAGAAGACAGAGAAGCACGGUUUCUAGCCAGCAAAAUGGGAAUCAUUGCGACAUUCCGCUCAUGGGCAGGUAUUAUUAAUUUAUGUAAACCUGGAAAUUCUGGGAUACAAUCUCUAAUUGGAGUACUUUGCAUACCAAAUAUGGAAAUAAGGCGAGGACUGCUCGAAGUGCUCUAUGAUAUUUUUCGUCUCCCUCUGCCUGUUGUGACAGACGAGUUCAUAGAAGCCCUGCUCAGUGUAGAUCCAGGAAGAUUCCAGGACAGUUGGAGGCUUUCAGAUGGCUUUGUGGCAGCUGAGGCAAAAACUAUUCUUCCCCAUCGUGCUAGAUCCAGGCCAGACCUCAUGGACAAUUACUUGGCACUGAUACUCUCUGCAUUUAUUCGCAAUGGACUCUUAGAGGGCUUGGUGGAGGUGAUAACGAACAGUGACGACCACAUCUCAGUGAGGGCGACCAUCCUGUUAGGAGAGCUCUUACAUAUGGCAAACACCAUCCUUCCUCACUCGCAUAGCCAUCAUUUACACUGCUUGCCGACCCUUAUGAAUAUGGCUGCGUCCUUCGAUAUUCCCAAGGAAAAGAGACUGCGAGCCAGUGCAGCCCUGAACUGUUUAAAACGCUUCCAUGAAAUGAAGAAACGAGGACCUAAGCCUUACAGCCUUCAUUUGGAUCACAUCAUUCAGAAAGCAAUUGCAACACACCAAAAACGGGAUCAAUAUCUUCGAGUUCAGAAAGAUAUAUUUGUUCUUAAGGAUACCGAGGAAGCUCUUUUAAUAAACCUUAGGGAUAGUCAAGUCCUCCAACAUAAAGAGAAUCUUGAAUGGAAUUGGAAUCUGAUUGGGACCAUUCUUAAGUGGCCAAAUGUAAAUCUAAGAAACUAUAAAGAUGAGCAGUUGCACAGGUUUGUGCGCAGACUUCUUUACUUUUACAAGCCCAGCAGUAAACUGUAUGCCAGUCUAGAUCUGGACUUCGCCAAGUCCAAGCAGCUCACAGUUGUUGGUUGUCAGUUUACAGAAUUUCUUCUGGAGUCUGAAGAGGAUGGACAAGGAUACUUAGAAGAUCUUGUGAAAGAUAUUGUUCAGUGGCUCAAUGCUUCAUCUGGAAUGAAACCUGAAAGAAGCCUUCAGAAUAAUGGCUUACUGACCACCCUUAGUCAACACUACUUCUUAUUUAUCGGAACACUCUCUUGUCAUCCUCAUGGAGUCAAAAUGCUGGAAAAAUGCAGUGUCUUUCAGUGUCUCCUUAAUCUUUGUUCCUUGAAAAACCAAGAUCACCUGCUAAAACUCACCGUUUCCAGCCUGGACUAUAGCAGAGAUGGGCUAGCUAGAGUCAUUCUUUCCAAAGUCCUCACAGCAGCUACGGAUGCCUGCAGACUGUAUGCAACAAAACAUUUAAGGGUUUUAUUGAGAGCUAAUGUUGAAUUCUUCAACAAUUGGGGAAUCGAGUUGCUAGUAACUCAGCUACAUGAUAAAAACAAAACAAUUUCUUCGGAAGCUCUGGAUAUUCUUGAUGAAGCUUGUGAAGACAAGGCCAAUCUUCAUGCUCUUAUUCAGAUGAAGCCAGCCUUAUCGCACCUUGGAGACAAGGGCUUACUUCUCCUCCUGAGAUUUCUCUCCAUUCCGAAAGGAUUUUCCUACCUGAAUGAAAGGGGUUAUGUUGCAAAACAGUUGGAAAAAUGGCACAAGGAAUAUAAUUCAAAGUAUGUUGACUUGAUUGAGGAGCAGCUUAACGAAGCCCUCACUACAUACAGGAAGCCUAUUGAUGGCGAUAACUACGUCCGUCGCAGCAAUCAAAGACUACAACGACCUCAUGUCUAUUUGCCUAUACACCUUUAUGGACAACUGGUACACCACAAAACAGGCUGCCAUUUACUGGAAGUACAGAGUAUCAUCACAGAGCUCUGUCAGAAUGUUCGCACUCCAGACUUGGAUAAAUGGGAAGAGAUUAAAAAGCUGAAAGCUUCUCUUUGGGCCUUGGGAAAUAUUGGCUCAUCGAAUUGGGGGCUCAAUUUGCUACAGGAAGAAAAUGUGAUUCCAGAUAUACUAAAACUUGCAAAACAGUGUGAGGUCCUUUCCAUCAGAGGGACCUGUGUGUAUGUUCUUGGGCUGAUAGCUAAAACCAAGCAAGGCUGUGAUAUUCUAAAGUGUCACAGCUGGGAUUCUGUGAGACACAGUCGCAAGCAUCUGUGGCCCGUGGUUCCAGAUGAUGUGGAACAGCUAUGCAAUGAGCUCUCAUCUGUUCCAAGCACCCUCAGCCUGAACUCUGAGUCGACCAGCUCUAGACAUAACAGUGAAAGUGAGUCUGCACCGUCAAGCAUGUUCAUACUGGAGGAUGACCGGUUUGGCAGCAGCUCUACCAGUACAUUUUUCCUUGACAUCAAUGAAGACGCCGAGCCAGCAUUUUAUGACCGACCUGGACCCAUAAAGGAUAAAAAUUCAUUCCCCUUUUUUGCCUCUAGCAAACUUGUAAAAAAUCGUAUCUUAAAUUCACUUACUUUGCCUACUAAAAAACACCGAAGUAGCAGUGAUCCGAAAGGAGGGAAACUGUCAUCUGAAAAUAAGACAAGCAACCGGCGAAUCAGAACAUUUACAGAGCCCAGUGUUGACUUUAAUCACAGCGAUGACUUCACGAACAUCUCCCCAGCACAGAAAACAUUACAGCUAGAAACUUCCUUUGUUGGGAAUAAGCACCUUGAAGACACUGGCAGCACUCCAAGUAUUGGAGAUAAUGACUUAAAAUUCCCCAAGAGUUUUGGUCCAGAGAAUCACAGAGAAAACACAAGCCGAGAAAGGCUGGUUGUGGAAAGCUCAGCAGGCUCACAUAUGAAGAUCCGCAGCCAAAGCUUUAACACAGACACUACAACGAGUGGCAUCAGUUCCAUGAGUUCCAGUCCCUCCCGAGAGACAGUUGCUGUAGACUCUACAACUAUGGACACAGACUGUGGAAGUCUGAGUACUGUGGUAAGUACUAAAACUGUUAAGACGAGCCACUAUCUGACACCACAGGCUAACCAUCUGUCUCUCUCCAAAUCGAACUCAGUGUCCCUGGUGCCACCAGGUUCUUCUCAUACCCUUCCUAGAAGAGCACAGUCCCUUAAAGCGCCCUCCAUUGCAACAAUAAAAAGCCUAGCAGAUUGCAACUUUAGCUACACAAGUUCUAGAGAUGCCUUUGGCUAUGCUACAUUGAAAAGAUUACAGCAGCAAAGAAUGCACCCGUCCUUGUCUCACUCUGAAGCUUUGGCAUCACCAGCAAAAGAUGUGCUCUUUACCGACACCAUCACCAUGAAGGCCAACAGCUUUGAGUCCAGACUGACGCCAAGCAGGAUCGAUUUUAAAAAGAAGCAUGUCGGGGGAAUCAGGAGCUUAAGACCUACAAUAGCAAACAGCCUUUUCAGGUUUAUGAAAGCUUUAAGUUAUGCAUCAUUAGAUAAAGAAGAUUUAUUAAGUCCUAUUAAUCAAAAUACCCUGCAGCGAUCCUCCUCAGUUAGGUCUAUGGUAUCCAGUGCUACAUAUGGAGGUUCUGAUGACUACAUUGGACUUGCUCUUCCAGUAGACAUCAAUGACAUAUUCCAGGUAAAGGAUAUUCCUUAUUUUCAGUCAAAGCACGUGCCUCCACCAGAUGACCGAGGUGCAAGAACGUUCUCCCAUGAUGGAGGAGGCCUUCCCUCUGGAACCGGUGGUCUCGUGAAGAACUCUUUCCACUUGCUGCGCCAGCAGAUGAGUCUCACGGAGAUAAUGAACUCUGUCCACUCGGACGCGUCUCUGUUCUUAGAGAGCACAGAAGACACUGGACUGCAGGAACACACAGAUGACAAUUGCCUUUACUGUGUCUGCAUUGAAAUCCUGGGUUUCCAGCCCAGUAACCAGCUGAGUUCGAUCUGUAGUCACUCUGACCUUCAAGAUAUCCCAUAUUCUGACUGGUGUGAGCAGCCGAUCCACAAUCCCUUGGAAGUGGUUCCCUCUAAGUUCUCGGGGAUUUCUGGGUGCAGCGAUGGCGCUUCUCAAGAAGAAGGCUCAGCCAGCAGCACCAAAAGCACUGAACUGUUACUGGGUGUUAAAACCAUCCCAGAUGACACACCCAUGUGCCGCAUCCUGCUCCGUAAAGAAGUGCUGAGAUUGGUUGUCAAUUUGAGUAGUUCAGUCUCCACCAAGUGUCACGAAACCGGGCUGUUGACCAUUAAAGAGAAGUACCCGCAAACAUUUGACGACAUAUGCCUUUACUCUGAGGUCUCUCACCUGCUGUCACACUGCACAUUCAGACUUCCCUGCCGGAGGUUCAUACAGGAGCUGUUCCAGGAUGUACAGUUCUUACAGAUGCAUGAAGAAGCAGAGGCUGUGUUGGCAAUUCCACCAAAUCAACCUAUAGUUGACGAAUCUGCCGAAUCCUGACCUCAUAUUUAUGAUGUUUAUAGCUAGAAACUAUAUAUGUAUUCAAACUUGUGGAUUUCCUAAGAGCCUCACAGAGUACUGACUGGCUGACAGCGAGGCAGGAGAGUCUUCUGACUCUGGCCAGCAGUGAUUGGUACACAACUGCUCGAGCUGCUGGCAUCCCCAGCCAGGCCACCUUCUCUCCUGUGUUGGGCCCUUCUUGGGGUUCGUGAUUCAUUACCACGGUUUUAAUUCAGUUAUCAUCAUAUGCAAGAGCCAAGCACUGAAUACCUACAUAGGUUUUCUAUUUUUUUAUUUUAAAAGCAUAACGGCAGUGGAACAAAACAGGACAUGAAGAAGCAUCCUUCACACAGUUGUUUCUGAAUGCUUUUUAAUCAAGGGUAAAUGCAAAAGAUGCCUUGUUUGUUAACUAGUGUGUGGAAACCAGGAGUCACUGACUGUAAGGCUGCAUCCUGCUACCCACGGCUGUAACUGCUGGUAUCAGGAGCACGCUGGCCUCUCCACACUCCCUCAUGUCUGUGACACUACUUCAGAGGCUGAUAACUCCAGAGCAAAGGGAGCCCAACACUUGCAACGUGGGAGUUAUUUGAUGAUGCUAGACUGCAUACGGAUGCCUGUUCGUUCUCCUCUGCAGCUUUGUUGCAAUAUGUUCUUAAAGGCUGUUCUUACUAAUUAAGGGUUUUCACUACAAUGUGAUCAAAAGAAAUAGUAAAUUUGAAAUACUUCUCAUGUCCAGAACACAUUAUAGCCAGUGGCCUUCCGACCUCAUCAACUCUUCUCACCACUGAAUACGAAUUGGACAAGCAUUAGUGGUCUGGACCCAAAGCAAAGGAAAGCAUUAAGUGAUACUGCGAUCUCUCAAGGAAAAGACAAGUUUGCCUGCAAUUCACACAUUCCAUGGAAAAAAGGAAGAGCCAUAUGUCCUAUUAAAAAGUCAUUGAGACUCGUUAUUAAGAGGAAAAAUUGUGGUGAAAGCCUUAAUUACUAAAUUUUAAAGAGGGAUAAUUUAAUUGUUGUUAGUGUUCCUGUUUUGCAUAAAUUGCAGUUAUAGGUGAGUUAUGAGUACAGUCAUUGCCUUUAUCACAUUUGUGAAGUCGAUGAGGGCAAGGCUUGUCUGUCUGUCUAAUUUGUAUAUGUAUAAAGACACUUGGAAAUCUUCACGGGAAUUAAACAUAUAUGCAAAUCUGUACAUAACAUAGCAUGAGCAUCAUGACUAGAAUGCUUAUCUGUGAGAGGCUGUCUUUUGAAACCAUCUAUAGAACAGACCAUCCAGCUGGACUGACUGGGACCCUCUAAUUCCUUUCUGUAGCCCAUUUUACAAUGCACAUCAGCUUUACCACGUCAUAGACGUUGUUCCAUAUUUCCCCACGUUGUACACCCUUCUCAUAAUGCUCUUGUUUGCAGGGUCGCUGUAAAGUACCCUGUGAACUAGGAAGCAUAACUCACAGAGAUUUUUCUUAUAAUUUGCUGGCACUGAAAGUUCGCACUGGGAUGAAGAUUUCAUCUCCCUCCCUAACUCCUUCGACUGCACUUCAGCGAGUUGUUCUCAUGUGCACUGUGUAGCAACCUCCAUGGCAACAAAGCAGACAAGGGCUCUAAGCUGCUGCUCACGGUACAACACCGUUCUCGUUCUCGGAAAAUUAGUGAGGAGAAAACUUCGAUUUAAAUGUCAGCAGUGCUUCUCAGAGCAUGCCUGUCACUUUGGUCUUUGGUCUUGGAUAAUAAAACUGCCUUUCCAGAGAACCAAAUGUCAGAGAUACUAGACCAAAUAGUGGUUACAAUUCCAAAGGAAGUAACGUAGUCUUAUUCAUAAAUGGGAUUAACAUUUUAGACAUUCAUUUUAAACACUACCUCAGUUAACAGAGUAUAAAAUCUGUGGUUUCGUCCCUCGAAAGUUAACAAUAACUCUUCUUGUUUGUUUCUCUUCACACAAAACUAUGCCCAGCCUUGCGCACCCGAGUCAGCCAUCCUGAAAUUGAGGCUGUGCCCUAGUGUCCUACGCAUCUGUUUUGUUUUGACUUUUGACUGUUACUUUGAAAGA